AUGAUUGACAACGUUGGAGCUGGUGAAACUAUUGAAGACGAGGUUGUCGAUGCCAAUGCUGUUUCUGAUGAUACCGUUUGUGACGGUGAGGCUGAAGAAAAUUUUUGUACCGAUGAUAAUAUUGAUGACGAUAAUGUUGGAGACAGUUUUUCUGUUGCCACUGAUAAUGCUAAUGACGAUGAUGGUGUUAUUAAUGUUGCUACUCUUGAUGCCACUGAUGCUAUUGACGACAAUGGUUUAAGUGACAACGUUGGAACUGGUAAAACUAUUGACGACGAAGUUGUUGGUGCCAAUGCUGUUUCUGAUGAUGCGAUUUGUGACGGUGAGGCUGAAGAUAAAUUUUUUACAGAUGAUAAUAGUGAUGACGAUGAUUUUGGAGAAAGUUUUUCUGCUGCCACUGAUAAUACUAAUGACGAUAAUGGUUUUAUUAAUGUUGCUACUCUUGAUGCCAUUGACGACAAUGGUUUAAGUGACAACGUUAUAGUAGGUGAAACUAUUGACGACGAGGUUGUCGGUGCCAAUGCUGUUUCUGCUGAUAAUAUUUGUGACGGUAAGGCUGAAGAUAAUUUUUGUACCGAUGAUGAUAUUCAUGACGAUGAUGUUGGAGACAGUUUUUCUGUUGUCACUGAUAAUGGUAAUGACGAUGAUGGUGUUAUUAAUGUUGAUAGUCUUGAUACCACUGAUGCUAUUGACGACACUGGUUUAAGUGACAACGUUGGAGCUGGUGAAACUAUUGACGACGAACUUAUCGAUGCCAAUGCUGAUUCUGAUGAUGCUACUUGUGACAGUGAGGCUGAAGAAAAUUUUUCUACAGAUGAUAAUAGUGAUGACGAUGAUUUUGGAGACAGUUUUCCUGCUGCCACUGAUAACGCUAAUGACGAUAAUGGUUUUUUUAAUGUUACUACUCUUGAUGCCACUGAUGCUAUUGACGACAAUGCUUUAAGUGACAACGUUGGAGCUGGUAAAACUAUUGACGACGGAGUUGACGGUGCCAAUGCUGUUUCUGAUGAUAAUAUUUGUGACGGUGAGGCUGAAGAUAACUUUUGUACAGAUGAUAAUAUUGAUGACGAUGAUGUUGGAGACAGUUUUUCUUUACCGAAUAAAUGA